AUGUGCAUUACUGAUGAUGAGGAGCCGACAGGGACCUCAAAGGAGGUUGCUUCGGCAGCUUGUGCCCAAGCUGCUGCAGAUCCUGUGGAGAUAAUAGAUAGUGACACCGAGCUAAACCCGCAUGAUGGCAGCCAGGUGCCUUUGAGCACAGUCCCCUUGGUCAGUGCCGAAACGCAGGAAGCAAGCUCCGACCUUCCAGUCGGUGACCAGACCUUUGCAAACCCUCAGUUCUUUCCGUUCAUGUGCAUUGAUUCGGACGAUGAAGAUGUGCAAGCUGCUCCACUGACCAAGUGGCCGGGCGAAGCAGCUGUUGUUGCGCCCAACCUCCUAUCAUUCCGUAGGUCCGACACGAGUGCUUCUAACGUGCUGGUGCCAGAAGAUCUGGAUAAGGAUGAUUCUGCCAGCUAUGUAGGUGGCAGCACAGACAGUCUAGAGAAGUCGAUGGCUGCUGUGCGUUUGACGAGCCAGGAAGCAACCCGGCUGCGAGGAUUGCAUGCGCUCGAUGUGGCUCCGAAUGAUGUUGUGCCGGUGCCGAAGGUGAGUAAAUAUCCCGAGGUUUCCCCGCCCCAGCCGGAGUUCCUGGAAAGCAUGGACAAGUGUGUAGCAGAGGCUGAACCACCUUUGUACAACUCGACUGGCCUGGCAGGCGGUAAGAACAAGCGCCGUCGUCGAGGCAAGCAACCAGAAGGACACGUUUCCAAGAAACGCAAGGCCGGCGGUCAUGAGGAAGAUGCUGGCAAUGCCCACGAUGAUCAUGAUGAUGAUGACGACGGGGAGCCUAUGCCUGAGGAUGAAGAGAUGGAUGAGCCUACCCCCGAGCCGGUGAAGGCUUCUGCUAGGAAGCAGAAGCAUGUGGCCGAGAACAAGAAAAAAGCAACCGUGGAGGAAAAGGUGCCUGACAACAAGAAAGCGCCCGUGGACCCCAAGAACCCAGAGGUGACCGAUGCUGUUUGCAAGAAAGCUGCCAAGAAAGCCGUGGAGCCAACAGUGGACCCUCCCGUGGAUGCAAAGGUUCGUGUGCCCAAGAAAGCGAAGGUCGUGGAGCCGAAGAAAGCGGAGCCCGUGGCUGUGGAUGCAAAGGUGGCCGACAAAGACGAGGGUGCAGCCGCCCAGGUUGGGAAAGAGGAUGGAGUAUCGAGUGAUGAUCUUCCGAGCCGGGAGGAGCUGGAAAAGAAGGGUGCCUUCGUGCCGCCAGACCAUAUCCAUGGCAACAACAUAUACAGCAAUGCUUACCGCCAGAGCUUGAAGACGGACAAUUGCAAAGAAAAAGCAAAAACUCAGGGGCGCCGUGCCACUGCGAUUUUCAAGGCCUAUGGACUUUGUUUGCCGGAGAUGAUCGGGUCGUUCCGCAGUGCCAGAAGGAAGCCCAAUUCCAUCAAGCAGGGCACUGCUGAUGCUGAGGCCAAGCAGGACUGA